AUGACCGAGCCGACGUCCCCCGCGGCGCGGCUGACGGUCAAGCGCUGCAAAUCUGCCGCGAGCGCUGUGCACGAUGGCACUUUCGCCCCAAAGAUUGCAAAGUCCAUUACUGCACCUCCGCCUACUCCCAGCCAUGGUGGAUUCAAGUCCGCUGCUGCUCUUUGGGCAGGGCAUCGCACGGCCGAUGCCACGAGCGCGGCUGCCAUGGUGACGCCACAGCCUCAGCGCCAACCACCCUCACGGAUGGCGAGUACGGGGCAACCAUGCUCAAAUGGCAAAGGCCAAGCCCCUCAGCGCCAUGCCUCAGUGGCCUCGCCAUCUCCUUUGCCAAGCAUUCCGCAGAGCAUUGAGUUGACUGCUGCUACACCAGCCCUGGCAUUGGGCCUGGACGCUGCUGACGCAGUGGACGCAUCGAGGGAAUGGACGGCCAGUUUUGCCGACGAAGUAUGUGGCCCCGCCGCUGCUCGUGGGCUGAAACCACGAGCGUGGUGUGAUGCUCUUUUUUGGGCGGAUGGAGCUCGUCUCCGCAGCAACUUGCCCCUGAGCUCGCUUCUCCCACACCAAUACUCCCUCAUCUAUGUCUGGAAGCGGGCUUGCGAGCGUCAUCGAGCCCCAAUUCAGCCAGAAUGCUUUCCCCCGGGUCUACCUUUGCCUUACUUUGGGGAUCUUUUUCUCGAGCAUGCGCGCACGCCCCAUCUACAUGCUCUGCUGGAGCGUGCAGCUGCCCACUUUGGUCAGCACUACCCCGCGCUGCUGCCAGGGGCCGUGGCUGCGCUCCAGCUCUUUGCGGGCCAACCCCUGGCUACCGUCGCGACCAGUCUUUGUGCCAAUGUCCCAGUGCUGCAGUCGGCGCAUGGUGCAUGCUUGCUCCUGGCUGUCCUUCAUCUGGCCAUGCCUGCCCCGGACCAAGUGGCUGCCUUAUUUCGCCGCGUGCUCCUCCUCGGCCCAGCAGGUCACGACCUGCUGCUGGAAUUGGUAGCAUGCAGCCACCUGGCAACAUUUCACCGACCUGACCUCAGCCUCCAACGCAUCGUCAACCUUUUGGAAGCACAACUUGAAUGUGUUUUGUCCGAAGAGCUGCGUGUGGCAUCGUCGGAGCAAGGCCCACCAGCGGGAGUCAAACCCGGCCGUGAAGCUACCCCACGCAUUCUGGCCUUUUUGCAAAGAGCCACUGGCGAGCAGCACACAAUCCUGCGCACUUCGGUGAUGGCCGGAGAAAAACGCAGCACCAACCCCGCUCGCCGCCGUGGUGAAGUCAUGCGUGUUGUUGCUGCUGCUGGAUCUGGUAAAACAGCCACUCUAGAAGCGUACACGGCACUGCGGCCCGAACAGCGCUUUCUCUUCAUUGCUUUCAACCGUUCCACUGUGGAGGCAGCCGCCGAGCGUUUUCCACCCAACGUCACAUGCAAGACCUGCCACAAGUUGUGCAUGGAGCGCAAGACUGAAAAGCUCAAAGAUCUCACCCUCAAGCAGCUACGCCUGGUCGGAUUUUGGUUUUCUGUUCUCUUUUCUAUUUUGAAACGGAGAUUCGUGCACCCAGCCUUUGUUGACUUUAUGGUCAUUCCGGAUGAGGAAUUCACGGCGCGCCACAUGCGCCCCGUGUACCAAAGGCGAUGGAAUCGCUUGGCUACGGGUGACGAACGAGCCAAAACCAAGGGCUUUAAACCUUCCGAUGAUCAAUGGCAAGCCUGGCUGAUUCGCGCCGUAAAUGUCGCGUGGCAGCAGUCUCUAGCCCUCAAGGAGCUCACCUUUGACGGCUUUAUCAAGGCAGCCCUUAAAAAUAGCCGCUCAACAAAGCUUCGACUCCACAAGUUUGAUUGCAUCUUGGUUGAUGAGCACCUGUCUCAUGAACCACUUGUUUCAUUCGCGGACGAUCAAAGUUGUCCCGAAGCGAUAGCACGGCUUGUGCGCCGACUCCUUCGAGUUCGUAUCCAUGGAUCAAUGCAGCGUCGCGGCGAGAUUUGCGGGCCACAUUGGCCGAGCCCUGCCGACGACCGCGGUCAAACGCGAGCAUUCUUAACCGGCACCAACGUGCAAGCGUUGCUUAUCUCGCUCAUGCUCAUCGAUAGUGGCUUUAGCGGACGUAUUGGACUGCUGGGCACCAGCCUCACCGAAGCCACGGCGUUGGCGCGUGCCUUUUGGCAUUUUCUUCAACGUCAGUCUUGCGCCAAUGACGCCUGUCAGUGUGGGCACUGGAUCAAGACAUUCAAGGAUCGCAACGCUCUGAUCAAUUAUGCCGAAUGGUCGGGAGACCAGCGCAUCCUGGCCAUGAACAAUGGUCUAGAGAACUUACUCAAGCGGCGAGAAGAUCCGCGCCAGCUUUUUGCCGAGUUGGAGGCCAUGCCCACCAUUGCUUGCACUGCUGCGGCACCGCCAGGCAUCGAUGUCUUUGUCGGCACCUGCUUCCAGGCCAAGGGUGAUGAGUUUGACAUUGUCCAUCAAUGGCAUGAUGUGCAUGCGCCUAGCGACGUGGCCGAGUCCCUCCUGAGCGGAUCUCGUGGUAGCUUGUGCAAGGCAUACGUUCUGCUUACUCGUACGCGGCAGCGUCUUCACCUGAACCAGGACUGGCACGCCCUUUGGCGACAAGUCGGAGGCUGCACUGACGACGAGCAUCGGCAAGAGCAACCGCUCAUUUUGCCACAGGUUCAUUUCUUUGCCGAGGAGAUCACCUGCACUCACUGCGCCGCCUGUUUCCGUGGCCUGGGCAUGGGGUCCGGGUGGUCCCUUGAGCGCCCACAAUGUUGGUCGUGUUCCCAAGCCGUGCUGACUCGGUCCUUUGCUGCCUAG